AUGGACGAACAUGACGCGCGACUAUUUGAUGACGACGAUAACUCAUCUCUAAGCCCAGAAAUCGCCAAAAUUGCCAAUCGCUACCCUGAAAGUUUUCUGAACUACUUACGCGCCGCUUGGGAAAAGGAUGGAGCAAAGGCAGCUCAGAUUCCGUCUGUCUUGACUUCAUUGAAGGCUACUUUGGUUCUCUGCGAAGAUGGUGUGAAGCGACCACUCUCGACUACUUAUCUUCCCACAAAAAGAUUACGCGCUAUUGUCGAGAAGUACAUACGACCUGAUGAUAAGUUCCCAUUCCUUCAGUUUCAGAAAUUCUGGUCUCUGGAAGAAAAGGUUGAUGUCUGGGCAUUUCUGCCGUUGCAUCUUGGUGUGGGAAAUGGCGAGGACUUGGACCUAUACCUCGAUAUUCUCAAAACAAUUCGAACGGAGAGAUCCCUCUGGCAUUGGUCUCAAAAGUUUCCGAAGCGAAUAUUAAGCCUUUACCUCCACAUUGAAACGGCUUAUGCUCACGAUAACGGCACUAGGGAAAAAAUCAGAGACGUAUUUGAAGAGCACGGACUGGUGCAAAGUCCACGACAGCAUUGGAAAAGGCCCAGCGACUGUGCCCUCAGAGCUGCGAGAGUAUCGCCUUGGCAGGGUGCAACAUUCUCCCUGGUGUAUCGAAUGAAAAUACUUGAUUACUGGCAGAGCGCGCUGCUCAAGACAGGCUUAUUGCCAUUGAACCCUAAUUGGAAAACCACAGAAGAGGAACGUACCACAAUCCUGCGGUUUUUCAGGACUACGCUUGGCAUUAUCGAAUCGUCCGCUUACCUCGAUCUCAUAUAUCUUCUACGCUUGAGCCCGACUUUUGGGUUGGUGGCUUCGCAAUCGGAAGAUAAUCCGACGACAAAUUAUGAAAUCAUUAACGAUUCGCUAGAUCUUCUUUCAGAUGGAGAGAAAGAAAAACUCAGGUCUGCAUUUGUCGUUAGUCCAAACAUUGCAAUGCGAUGUGGUAAUGAAUUACGAUGGUAUAAGCAGGCCGAGUGUGUCUGGUGUACUGACCUGAAAUCUCCAAUACCUGGCUUUGCCAAUCUGAGCGGGGGGUAUCAAGGCCUUGAAGACUUCUUUGUUGGUUUCUUGGGGGUCAAGAAAAUAACUGCCUCUUAUGAAAACCUGCUGCAUUGCGAACCUACGAGUGUCUCGAUCGAUACCGUUAAGGAAAUGCUGCUCUCUCUAAGUACGGUGAUCACAGAGAAGGGGAGAACACUGGAUCCUGUGCCGCUGUUGUCAAAGAAGAUAUUGCCCGUGAGGGGCAAAGAUGGUAAAGUUCGGUUUUGCACUUCUGAUGAGGAAUUCUAUAUCAUAAAUCGACCGUAUCUGGACGUGUUCAGGAAUACGGCCCCAAUUCUUGACUUCUCAGUAUCUGAGAUGGCGCGCCUUAUACCCUUCUUGGAGUGGGCUACGCUUGAGCAUCACUACCUAUCUUGGAAUGUUGACGAGUCUAGCUUCCUGCAGGGUUCUUACCCAACAACUCUUGAUGGUCGCAUCACGACAGAGAAAGCUCGCGGACUCCUACGGAUAGCAAGUCACUACCGUAGCCCCAGAACAAGGAGUUUGGAGCAGAGGCAGAUACUUCUGAGACAACUGGAAGGAUCCAGAUUCAUCGAGACUGCUGGUAUCUUUCGAGAAGUGAAGCUGCUGCUCGAAGAUGACUCUGAAGUAGUUCACCAGCUGGAGGGUCAGCUCCACAUAGUUGCGGAAAACUUCGGACUACGCAUAUAUGUGCCGCGUGACAAAACGUCGCAGGAAUUAAGUGCUGUCUUACUACCGCGAUACCUGGUAAAAUGGUUGAUGACCGAUCCCACGAACGAUAUGACGCCAGUGAUUGAUGAGGUGGCUGUGGGCCUCGUAAAGAGUAUAUCGAAUGUUCGAGAUGAGUUGAUACAGAGGGUUCUCACAGAGGAAGGGGUAAUGCCAUUGGAAGGCCUAGUCCAUCCCUUUGCCUUGACUAAUUUGCAGCAUCCGAAACGCAUACCCGUCAAGCUUCCACAGCCAGCAUCAGCAGAAUCUGAAGCUUGCCAGGACACAGUAGUAGUCAAACCUGAAGCUUCCUCAGUACCAGGCCUUACUGCGACAGAAACUCCUUCGAAUCAUUCAUCCCCUGCAAACAGGCCUACACUGCGACCAGUAUCGAUCAGAACCAAGGUUUUGGACAGCGAUCCUGCGCCGUCAGAGAUAUCCAAAGUCAAGCCACCUGUAGAGCAACAAACACCAAAACCGUUCAAGUUGCCUGAAACGUUCACUUUUCAGGCUAGCAAACCACUGAAUACCCAAGUAGUUUGGAGCUUUUCCUCGCCGGCUCCGGAGGGUAGUAAGAAUCCUUGGGUGGGUUAA